AUGCAUACAUUACUAUGCGUUAAACACCGUUCCUUAUGUAGCUGUAUUCAUGUUAUACUUUAUACGAUGAAAACACCUGAAUUUAGCUUAGAUUCAUUAAAAAAGCAGAGGAAAAAAAAGAAAAGGCGCUUCAAUUAUGAAAACUUUAGUGCACAUUAUUUUUUAAAAUUACCUAUAUUCAUCAUUUUGAUGAUUGUAUUUUUUUUAAAUACAUUUAUUUAUUUGUUAAUAAGAUUUCUGAUUUUUUUUUUUGAAAAUGCUUCCUUUUUUAUCAUGACUCAGUAUAUAGACCUGCGCAGGUGCAUUACAAGGAAAAGAAGUACGAGAGGAAAGAGUGGACCAAAGCAAACAGGUAGACGGAGUAGGAAAAGAGUUAACUAUCUCAGGAGUAAGAUCGAUGAAAAUGGUAAAGAAGAAGGAGAAAUGGAAGCAGAUAUCGAUGCAGAUGUCCAAGAAGAAUUUGAAGAAGUUGAUGAAGAAGUCGAAGAGGAAGUCGAAGUAGAAGUAGACACAGAAGAGGAAUACCAUGAAAAGAGCGAAAGUAUUUAUAAAAUAGAUCGCCUUAUGCGCACUUGCAAUAGCUACAGCGAUUAUGUCAAAUACGCAUAUCAAAUGGACAUAUUGACGGGAAAAACUAUACAUAUCAAUGAGAACUAUGAUUAUAUAAACAUAUAUGAUGUUAAUUUAUUAAAAAAAAUAUCACAGAGUAUAAAAAAAAAUUUAUUAAAUAAUGAUGUAUUACUACUUGUAGAGGAUAUAAAAAUAGCUACAUCCCCUAGAAUUAAAGGAAUAUUUCAAGAAAAGUAUUAUUGUAAAACUUAUUCAACACCUCAUAUAAUUGUAACUGAUUUUAUUAAUAAUAUUAUGAUUGGAUUAAAUUAUAUAGAAAAUUAUGUUAAGGAGAAAAAAGAAAAAAAUAAUAAUUAUUUAUACUGUGAUGAGUAUUUAUUAAUAAAAAAAUAUUUCGAGGAUAUAUUUAGACAAUGGGGGAAUACAGCUUUGUUCCUGAGUGGUGGGGCUAUUUUAGGUUUACAUCAUUUUGGCGUUUUAGAAGUAUUCUUGAAAUCUUCUAUAAAUAUAGACUAUUUUAAUGAUUUUACAAAGGGUGUUUUAAAAGAAAAGAGAAACAAUACUACAAAUGAAAAUAAUAAAAAAAGUAGUAAUAGUACUGGUACUGGUAGUAGUUGUUAUUGCAGCAGCAGGAAGAAUGCCGGUAGUAAGAGCAAUCAAGGGAAGCAUACACGCGAGAAGGGAAGUAAAAUUAACGACAAGAAGAGCAAACUGUACAUGAGAAAGAUGCAUUCAAAAAAAUGUGAAAUGAAGAGUAGUGGUUGCGCUGGCAGUACGGGGAGAAGCGAUAUAAGAAGCGAAAAGUUCAAUGAGAAUUGUAAUAAAAUGGAAAAAAUAAAAAAAUUUUUCUGCAUUCAUAGAAGUAGUAACGAAUGUACACCUUUAUAUAAACGGUUAAGUUUCUUUUCUCGUGAUAAUGUCAAGUUAGAACAAAGCAAUAGUUGUGGGAAGUAUGCACCUCCGUUUGGUCAUAGUGUAAGGAGCGAUUCAUCUAGUGUGCAUAACAUAAAUUCAACAAAUGAUGGUAGAAAAACGCACGAUAAUAUUAACGCACAAGGUAUGAGAAUAGAAAAAGAUACAGGAAAAAUUAUUAGAAAAACAAGUGGUAAGACAGACGUCAAAAAGAGUGAAGACAAAAGUAAUGAUGCGAAAAAAAGUAGAGGUGAAUACUUUUCAAAACAUGGCAAAAUUGAUAAAACGAUAUUUUCAAAAAAUAAAGAGAAUAGUACGAAUACAACUACUAGUGCAAACAACACAAAUAGUGCAAACAACACAAAUAGUGCAAACAACACACAUAGUGCUAACAAUGUAAAUAACUUUGUCGAAAAUUUUGAAGAUAACAUUUUACCCCAAAUAAUAUGUGGUACAUCUGCGGGGAGUAUAAUUGCAGCCUGGAUAUGCUCAAGAACGAACAGUGAGUUAUUAGAAGAGUUUAAUAUGGAAUUUAUUUACAAUAUUGUUUCAUGUUUUUCCUCUGAAAAUUGGUUUUAUUCCUUUUUUAAUAUUUAUAAAAAAGGAAAUUUUUAUGAUAUUGAUAAAAUUAUUAAAAUUGUUUAUAAUUUAUAUGGUGAUAUUACUUUUUUAGAAGCAUUUAUAAAAACAAAUUUAGUGUUAAAUAUUACGGUUACCCGAGCAGAAUCUGGGAGUACCAACUUUUCAUGUGAUGAGGAUGGUCAUAUAGUACUAAAUUAUAUGAAUUCUCCCAAUGUUUUAAUUUAUACUGCUGUUUUGGCUAGCUGCUCUUUUCCUUAUUUAUUACAGCCUUUUAAAUUGUUGGAAAAAAAAUAUAACAAUGAAAAUGUUUACCGGUUUAUGUCUAUUAAGCAGGUGUAUAAUACCAAACUUAUAAUGAACAGUAACGAUCAAAUAGAUCAUGGAAUAGACUUGCAGAGUCAGGAAGAUGGAUUUCUAGGCAAGGAGGAGGAAAAUGAGAAGGAAAAAAGUGAAAAGGGGAACGACGAAAAACAUAAUAAAAGUCCAAGGUGCACGCAAAAUGAGGGAAAAAACGAAACAGCAAAUUUGGAUGUACUAAAAUAUAAAUGUAGGAAUAAAUGCGACAAGUUAGAAAAUAGCAAUUUUAAGCAAACUGGUGAAAAUAAACAUUCAUCUUGCACAACAAAGGAUGUGAAUGUGAAGGAGGAAGAUACUUUGAGUAAAAAGAUUUCAGUGAAAACUGUUAUUGGAAAUGCUUUCAACAGAUUAAAUAAAGAAUAUUUAUUUAAUAAUAAUGAAGAAAAAAAAAUAAGGGCACAGAAUGACGAAAAGGAGGAUUGUAAAAAUGAAGAAAAUAUAAAAAAACAAAAAAAAAUAAAAGAAAACAAUGAUAAUGAUAAUCAUAAUGAUAAUCAUAAUGAUGAUGAUAAUGAUAGUGGUACUUUUUCUGAACAAAAAGUUAUGAACAGUUCAGAAAAAAAAAAUUUUCAAAUUUAUGGUAGCUCAAAAUUGCAAAUUAAUAAUUUUAAAAUAGGGAAGAUAAAAGAGGAUGAAAAGAGCGUAACAAAUGAAAUAUAUAAAAAAGAAAAAAUAAAUAAAUAUGUAAAUUUUAACGAAUAUAAAAAAGUAAAUUUACUAGAUGAAGAAUAUACUAUAAUAAAUAGUGUGCAAUUUAAAAACAUGUAUUUUCAUGAUGGCUCGUUAAAGAGUGAUAUACCUGCACACAAUUUAAACCAAAUUUUAUCAGUGAAAUAUAAAAUUGUUUCUCAAGUAAAUCCUCAUGUAUUUCCAUUUACUGGGAUAAGAGUACAUGGGGAAGCAGGGAAACCUGUGAAAUGUUGGGGAAAUUCAGGCCACUGGAGAGCAGGUUUUUUGAUGUCGUCAAUGGAAAUAUUAUUUAAAGAAAAUAUUAGAUAUAUUUUGAGGCUAAUGGCCUUACUGGACUUAUCUCCAACGAUAAGGGGAAUGAAUGCCGGUUCGAUUGCCAUGCAGAAUUACAAAGGAGACGUAACACUACACCCAAAACGGUUAUACUUGAAACAUUUUAAAUUAAUUAGUGUGUCGAAAUAUGAUGAUGUGGAAUGGUAUACACAGGAAGGAAGACAAAUGACUUUUCAAAAAUUGCCUCUAAUUUUGAACAGAAUGAAAAUUGAAAAAAAGCUAGUAAAGAUGAAAAAGUUCUUCAAGUGA